AUGCCAGUCGCUGCAUGUGUGACGGGACGGCACGGGGGGAGCAUUGCUCUGUGUCUGACACUGUUCUCUAACCCCCAGUCUCCUCUGUCCCCCACGAUCCCCUCCACCCCAGGGAAGCUGUGCGCCGUGGACAACAUCGACCACCUGCACACCUCCUGUGACGCCCUCCGCCUGCUGAUCAUCUGGUCCCACGACCACAGCCGGGAGUGCGGCUUCAUCCCCAACCUCAAGUCCAUCGUGUCGGGCUGCUCCGGGGACUCCGUGACGGUGGUGUGGACCUGCGCCGGGGGUCACUCCUACUCCUGGGAGAUGCUGGCCUCCAGGAAGGAGGCGGAGGAGGAGGACCGAGGGGGGCAGGAGGAGGAGGAGGAGGAGCAGAGGCGGGCAGGAGGUCCCACUCAGCCCCCCGCACGGACCAGGAGGAAGGCUCCCGGCUCACCCACCGCCAACGGCAGGCGCUCCCGGCCGCCCCCAGGGGGAGGGGAGCGGGCGCUGGAUGGCGAGGAGCGACCUGGCCGGCACCCCGGGGCGGGGGACAGAGGGCACCCCCCGCAUCCUCCCCCACCGGCAGCUCCUGGGGACGGGACGUCCCGGAGCCCAGGGGACGUCACCCCUAAUGACCAGCACCCGGCCGGUGUGGCCCCCGGGCGGAUCCCCCGGCCCUCCGGCGCCAGGGGGGAGGGGGCUGCCGAUGGGGAGAACGCGGACCUGCUGCAGUUGGUGUGCGAGUCCGACGGCGGGGAGGACGACGGGACGGAGACGCGGCUGGGAGGGGCCCAGGUCCGAGGGGAGCCCAUCGCCGAGACUGAGCUGUUGCUGACGAGCGACAACGAGUGCGAGGAGGAGGAGGAGGAGCUGACGGAGGUGGAUUCCGAUGACGUUUACGAGUUCUUCGACGAUCCCAAGGACGAGAACUACAUCCCUUCGUCGGACAGUGGCUCGGACCGGGACAAGAGGAGAGGAAGAUCCCGCAGAAACAGUAUGAAGAAACAGUCCGAGGAACCAUUGGAGCGACGAGCUCCUCGGAAACGUCAGGACAAGCGCGAUCCCAUGGAGAAGCCGAAGAAGAUACGGAAGAAGAUUCCCAAGGAGUACGUGCGCUGUGAAUUUGAGGGCUGCGGGAAGAUCGUGUCCAACCCCCAGUACCUGAAGCGCCACAUGAAGUACCAGCACCAGCUGCAGCGAACCUUUGCCUGCUCCUUCCCCGGCUGCGGCCGCAUCUUCCGCUUCAAGACCCAAAUGGAGGAGCACGAGAAGUUGCACAGUGACCAGCGCAACUACAUCUGUGAGUUCUGCGGCCGCGCUUUCAAGACGGACAAGAACCUGGUGGUGCACAGGAGGAUCCACACGGGGGAGAAGCCCCUGCAGUGUGAGAUCUGCGGCUUCACCUGCCGACAGAAGGCCUCCCUGAACUGGCACAUGAAGAAACACGACGCCGAGUCGGGCUACCAGUUCUCCUGCGACGUGUGCGGCAAGCGGUUCGAGAAGAAGGACAACGUGUCCGCCCACAAGAGCAAGAGCCACCCGGAAGUGCUACUGGCCUCCGUCGCUGGCCUGUCGGCUCUGGAGCAGAGCGGUGCCUUUGGGGUCUUCCCCGGCUUCGGACGGGGGUCCCAGCCUGCUCCCCCCUCCCCCCCGGGGCUGGGCGACUGGGGACGGCUGGAGCAGGCAGAAGCUCUGGACCCAGGGGAGGCCUAGUCUCUGGGCCGGGGGAGUGGCGGGACUAAACCCUCGCGGGAGGUCGUCACACCCCAGGGCGGCUUCCAGGGGUGGGCGUGUGGGUGGGGGAAGCAGGGAUCCGGGUUGGAAGGAGUUUCUUCCUCGAUCUCGUCCCCCGCCCUCCCUCUCGCCCUGGGGUCCCCCUCCCUCCCUCUCGCCCUGUAUCCCUCCCGCCCCCUUGCCCUCCUGUCCCCUCCUUCCCUCCCCUCACCCUCCCGUUCCCCCUCCCUACCCCGUCCCCAUCCCUCCCCUCGCCCUCCCGUCCCCUCCCUUCCCCCAUUCUUCCCUGUCCUUGCUAUCUACCUCCCUCCCUCACCUCUCCCUCCCCACCACCCCUCAUCACUUCCUUCCUACCUCAUCCCAGGCUUCACCCUCCCUGUCUCCCCAUUUCUGCUUGUUCCCUCCACCCCUCCCUGUCCUGUCCCUUCCCUCCCCCUCCCUAGACCCUCCCCUCCCGUCCCCCUUUUCCUCCCCCCGCUUCCCUCAGGCAGAUUCUCAGAGUGGGAAGAGAAGGGUGAAUCUCUGUUUGAAAACUUUUGUCCUAUUUUCAGGAUUUGUAAAUAGUGGCAGUGAUGUGUUUGUGUACAUUGGCAGUAUUGAUGGGUGGAUGCAGAGUCAAUGUGGUGACAGGCGGGUGUACAGGCAGAGUGACAGGCGACUGUAGGGCCGGGUGGGUGUACAGACAGAGUGACAGGCCACUGCAGGGCCGGGCGGGUGUACAGGCAGAGUGACAGGCGAUUGCAGGGCCGGGCGGGUGUACAGGCAGAGUGACAGGCGACUGCAGGGCCGGGCGGGUGUACAGGCAGAGUGACAGGCGACUGCAGGGCUAGGUGGAGUGACAGGCGGGUGUACAGGCAGAGUGUCAGGUGACUGCAGGGCCAGGCAGGUGUACAGGCAGAGUGACAGGCGACUGCAGGGCGAGACAGAGUUACAGGUAACUGCAGGGCCAGGCGGGUGUACAGGCAGAGUGACAGGCAACUGCAGGGCCAGGCGGAGUGACAGGCGACAGUAGGGUCGGUGAAGUGAUAGGCAGGUGUGCAGGCAGAGUGACAGGUGACUGUUGGGGCAGGCGGAGUGACAGAUGCAUGUACAGGCAGUGUGACAGGCGACUGUCGGGUCAGGCGGAGUGACAGGUGUGUGGACAGGUAGAGUGACAGGUGAAUGUAGGGUCAGGCGGGUGUACAGGAGUGACAGGUGAAUGUAAGGUCAGGAAGAAAGCCAGGAGACUAGGGUCAGGCGGAAUGACAGGUGUGUGUACAGGCAGAGUGACAGUGUAGUAUGAUUCCUGUCCUGAUCUGUCAGUCUGGGUGUGAUUUCUGUGCCGCUUGUGUCGGGCACGGUGUACGAUUGCUGUAUUAUACAAUAAAUCUCCCUCCCCGUGA